CAAAUUUUCACACACAACACCCCUCCUCCGCUCCCUCCACUGGCUACCAGUGGCUGCGCGGAUACGCUUCAAGACUCUAGCUCUGGCGUACUCUGCUGCUAAUGGUUCAGGUCCUACUUACAUCCAGGACCUUGUCAAACUCUACACCCCUGCCCGUCCUCUCCGCUCUGCAUCAGCCAAACAGCUGGCGACUCCCACCCUGCGUGGGUCAACUCGCCUCAAAACCACCUCCAGACUUUUCUCUGUCUUGGCUCCCAAAUGGUGGAACGAGCUCCCCACCGACAUCAGGACCUCAGACAGCCUGUACAUCUUCUGCCGCAGGCUGAAGACCUAUCUCUUCCAACAAUACCUUGGUUAAGCCAUGGUCACCUAACACAUAUAUAUAUUAAAAAAAAAAAAAAAAAAAUUGCUCUUCUUCUUCUUCUUUUCUAUUCUUUUCUUCUUUAACAUAUAGCACUCCUGUAGCGAUGACAGUUAGCUCUUAAAGUUCUGUACUUACUUGAUUCCUGUGGUCUAUGUCUAGUACCAUCAGGUUGAAUGCACUUAUUGUAAGUCGCUUUGGACAAAAGCGUCUGCUAAAUGACAUGUAAUGUAAUGUAAUGUAAUGUAAUCUAUGUAAAAUCAUAAAUUGUGUUGCUCUUGUCCGAGUGCAAAUUGAAAUCUUUUGUUUUCCAGUGUGUUAACUAAUGUUUUGUCGUCUGUCUUCCCCACAGUUGUUCUCUGACGACCCCUUGCUUGUGUUCAGCCCUGCAGGCCGAUUGUAGCGAUGGGUGUCUCACUGUCAGUUUGGCUGUACAGCAGAGAAGACGACAGCUCUCCCUCUUCUUCGUCAGCUUUCCCGCUACUGGCUGUCUCGACAUCCUCUCGCCUCGCUGUCACUCUGAACUCCUCGCCGGUCGCUCCGGCAGACAGUCGCUCACACUGGAGCUCAGUCCACCGCUCUCCUCACUUCCUGCUGUCUGACUGCAAACAGGAAGUGACACGCUCACCCGUUGAGCUGAGCAGUGAUGGUGUGAGGGCAGAGGAGGGGGUGAAGAGUGGGCUUCACGUCUGGGAGGUUCUGUGGAGCCCGGACCACAGAGGGAGUCAUGCCGUGAUGGGGGUUUGCACGCGGCGAGGCCCUCUGCAGGCAUCAGGGUACAACGUGCUGAUUGGUGGAGACUCACAGUCCUGGGGCUGGGAGCUCAAGACCAAUCAGCUGUGGCACGCUGGACAGAGUCUGGGACUUUACCCCGGGAAGAAGAGGAGGUGCCACUCGGAGGCUGUGCAGGAUUUUAGGACAAAGUCUUCCACUUCAUUAGGCACAAAGGUUGCACAGACACCUCUCCUCAUCCCUGAGCGCGUCCUGUUAGUCCUGGACGCUGAUGCAGGGACUCUGGGAUUCGUUGUUGAUGGAAGUUUCCUCGGCGUAGCUUUCCAAGGCCUCCCUCGUGGAGAGGAGCUGUUCCCAGCAGUGAGCAGCGUGAGAGGAGGAGCCAGCAUACGACUACGAUACUUGAACGGUGCCACGCGUGAUCCUCCAGCUCUGAUGGCUUUAUGUGGGCUGUCAAUUCGGCAGUUUUUAGGGCAACAAAGGCAGAAUCAAAUAGGCAAACUGCCUCUCCCCCCUCGUCUCCAGCACUACCUUCUUUCUAGUCAAUAAUGCACAUGUCCAAACAGACAAUAGGAAAACAUUUCUCAGUCACUGAACAAAGAACUCGCACUGUCUAUUACACACAUUAUAGGACAUUUUUGGUGAACAUUUUGUGGCAGAGACCUUCUUCAUGUUAUUAAUUAUCUAGACAGUUGGAGAGAUCCAAGUGGACCAGUCAUGUCACACAUCAUAUAUACAUGCAUUUUACAUAAUCACAUCAUGGUACCAUCAACCUACAAUAUAAAUAGGCAGAAAUCAUCAUAUGUAAGAUGCACAUUGUACUUAGUUUGAAAUCCAUGUAGUUAUAAUGGAGAAAAACUGUCAUGUCCAGAUUAAUAGAAACCUGUGAAGGUCUCUGAACCGAAAAAUUGUUCCCAAUAAAUCUCCUAUAAUUGUAAGUUUAUUGCAGGAGUUCUUAGUUCUUCUUUGUUCAACAUCUGUCGAUCCACAGGUUCUGCUUUUGAUGUAAAAAGAAUGUGUACACACAUGUUAAAUCCAGACAAAUGUAUUUAUUUUUUAUCUUAUUUAUUAUAAUAAUGUAAUAAAUGUAUGUAUUUCACUUUUUUUGCUCCUGUUUCUUUUUGUUUAAAAUAAAUGAUUAAUGAAUAAUGAAUACUUCAUUCGUUGUCAUUACAGCUGUUUUGCAAUUUCAAUCUUUUUGCAAAUGUUAGCGGAAAGAUGAAUAAGGACAAUUCAGUAGUGUCAGUAGUCAGAAUUAUACCAAACAAGUUCAAGAAUGGCCAUAUGACACCUGUUAGGGAAUUACAUUUGUGUUGAUGCCCAUAAAGAGUCAAAGAGCAUUAGAUCUGUGAUUUUUACCUUUUUAUUGAACGCUGUCAGUCAUAAAACCAACAUGAAACACAGUGAUGAUGCCAUGAAUGGCAAAGAGCUGGUUAUUUUAUUCAUUAGAAAAACUGAAUUAAUUUCUGUAUUCACUAUAUUGUGCAAAAAAAACCUGCUUAAACUCAGUUGCAUCUUUAAAUGAGCGUCUGUGUGGUUAGAUUAAGGAUGACUCACAUUCUGCUAGCUGAGCAGCUACAGUGCCAAAUGAAAUCUGGUUUAACAGACAUUGUAUUCUCCAUUUGCCAAAGAGUCUUCUGAUAUGUUUCCUUGGCUGAAUGUUGUUGUACAGUUUCUACUUCAGUCAAAAGUUGGUAUUACCCAGAAUAUAUGAUUGGAAGACUGAAAAUCUUUGUCUUCUAAUAAUCCUGCAAAAACCCACUUUGGAAUCAAUGUAUCCUUUUCACGUUCUGUGAACUAGAAAAAGAAACACAACACCUCAUUUGUUUCAUCGCUGUAUGUAAACCACAAUAUUUUGGGUGGCUGUUCAACAUUUUAUAAGAAAAAAAAUGGGUUAACAUUUCAAUUUCAGGAUAAAGAUUUUUAAGUUUUGAAGACAAUAUUAAGGAAAAUUAAAUGUUUGUAAAAUGUUUUACAGUUGUAAUUCCACAUUAACACAUUUUAGACUUUUUUUUCCUUAAAUGAAAACCCUUACAAAUAAGGAGGCAGUUUGUUUGACAUGUGUAAUGGACUACUGAUAGAUCUGUGCUAUUUUAAAUUAAAUAGUUUCUCUUUAUUUCAUUAAUAUAUAUUUUUACUUUGUAUAUGUAUCGCUUGUAUGAACACAUUUGUGAGUACAUGCCAUAGACUGUAUAAAUGAGGUACAUGCUCUAGGUGAAUGGGUUUUUAUAAAAUAAAUAAAUAAGAUUUAUAGGGCACUGUUUGCUUGUGUAUUUUUAUUAU